CCAAUAAUUUGAGGUGGCUGGUGCGAGAGCACAUGUUGCGUAACAAGCACCUCGGAGCAAGUUAGACUCCGCAAAACCAUCAUCUCACUUUCCCAAAAAUUCAACUCGCUUAGCCUCACCGAUCCGGAGGCCGCCCUAUUAUCCAAUAAUGAGGAAGUACAAGUCUAACCGGCGAGUACAAAUCGAUGAGUCUCAGUUGCCCAAGUAUGACGAUGUAGAUGACGGCUUCGCCGUAGAUGGAAAUUACGAUGAGGAAGAUGAGAGUAGAUUGCGAUUGAAACCAUCGAGGAGCAAUGUGAGCAAAGAUCAUGAGCCCUUCAUGGGCAUCAAGGUUCGAAGAAAAGCAUCUCUUCAUAGAGAUAUAAAAGGGGACUACCUCGACGUUCCGUCGCAUCCUUAUUUGAUGAAGAUUUUGCAAAAACAAGGUGACAACCAAGUUCUCUUUUCUGAUAAAGUAUUGAAAUUCACUAGUUCAGGGAAGGUGAAACGACGUAUAUUAUUAAUAAUAGACUUUGCCAUUUAUAUUGUUGACCCGGAGAAUGAUGCACUUAAACGGCGCAUAGCAUUAGGAUCUGUGGAAAAGAUAUUUUUGAGUGAAUUACGUGAUAAUUUCUUUGCAAUCAUCAUUCCAACAGAGUAUGAUAUACCUAUGGCUAGCACGCGAAAGACAGAAACUGUCACCGUGUUAGUUGAAGCUACAAAGAGUGCAUCUGACUACGAACUUGAGGCGGUUUUCUCCAAUAGUUUCGAGUAUCAUGCAGCUGCUGAAUUGGUGAAAGAAGUUAAAUUUGAGGAAGUAGAAGUUGGUGUUAAAACUAGAAUUGUCAGGAAGUGAGUUGCAGCUUAUACAUGCCUUCAUAUGUUUGUAGACUAUGUGGGAAUCAGCAUUUUUCAUUGUAAAGACACAAGAUCAUUAAGAUUCAUUACAUUGUGAGUUACAACUCAGCAUCAAGGCCAAUGCCAAUGAAAUUUAGCUUUUUCAUUCCUUCAGUGUAUUUUUUUUUGUGUGUAAUUUUUAUAGUAAAAGAACAAUAGUUGUUCAAUACGAAACAGACUCCAUUCGAAUGUAUGAAAUGAGAAUAAGUAAUAUAGAAGUUUUUUUCUAUGCU